UUCUCGCAUUUUCAACAUGCCACCUAAAGCGUCCGGUAAAGCCGUGAAGAAGGCGGGAAAAGCAGUGAAGAACAUCACUAAGGGGGACAAGAAGAAGAAGCACAAGAAAAGGAGGGAGAGCUACGCGAUUUACAUCUACAAGGUGUUGAAACAAGUGCACCCUGACACCGGAGUCUCUUCCAAGGCGAUGAGCAUCAUGAACAGCUUCGUCAAUGACAUCUUCGAACGCAUUGCCUCCGAAGCUUCCCGUUUGGCUCAUUACAACAAGCGAUCUACCAUCACUUCUCGGGAAAUCCAAACUGCAGUCAGGCUACUACUACCUGGUGAACUGGCUAAACACGCCGUCUCCGAGGGCACUAAAGCCGUAACCAAGUAUACUAGUUCCAAGUAA